AUGUUUGAUCAGGCCACGAGUAUGGGCGAUGUUGUCGCCGAGGACAGAAACCACCACUGUGGAUCCACCUCGCUCUGUCGCGAUCGGGCAAAAGACAAGUGCCGCACCGAACUUGGGAAUCGGUCUCCAGUGCAGAGCACCACCGACACCCCUGGGACAUCCGCAUCCACUCCGACCUCUUCCAGCGAGGAUGGGCAUGACAAACUUUUAGGAGUGGAUCCCGACUACUGCAGAAGAAUACUAGUAAGAGAUGCGAAGGGGACAAUCCGGGAGAUCGUUCUACCAAAGGGUCUUGACCUCGACCGACCAAAACGUACACGUACCUCUUUUACUGCGGAGCAGUUGUACCGUCUUGAGUUGGAGUUCCAGCGGUGUCAGUACGUGGUUGGCCGGGAACGCACAGAACUGGCGAGACAACUCAACCUCUCGGAGACACAGGUUAAAGUCUGGUUCCAGAACCGCCGCACCAAGCAGAAGAAGGACCAGACCAAGGACACGGACAAGCGGACGUCGUCCACCUCCGAGUCCCUGGCCACCUGCAACAUCCUGCGUCUCCUGGAGCAGGGCAGGCUCCUGUCGGUCCCCGUGCCGCCCAACCCGCUGCUGGCCCCCCGCGCGGGCGGCGGGGCCCUCCUGCCCAACCCCAGCGGCCCGUCGCCCGGGGUGAGCGGCGCCCCGCCCGGCGGCGGCGGGGGGGCCUUCGGGCUGUCGCUGCCCCCCCUGGGCACCCCGCCCUCGCCCCGCCUGGCCGCGCCCCCGCUCUGCUUCUCCAUGCCGCUGCUGGGCGGCGGCCAGGACCUGCCCUCGGGCUACGGCUGCGGCUCCUCCGCCUUCGAGCCCUACUCCCGGACUGAGAGGAAGGAGGCCGAGCACCACGCCAAGAAGAGCCUGUCCUAA